CAUAAACCCAACCUUUACAUUUCUCUGACACUCCCCUAAGCAAAAACCCUCUUCUCUCGCUUCCCUCCUCUUCCCCCUUAUCCCCAAAACCAAACCCCAUUACGAGAUGCACUCUUUGGCCGCCCCAACCCACCUCCAUUCCACCCCUCUCUCCUCCCGCCGCAAGCUUCUCUCUCCUACCCCUAGACGCUCUCUUCAAUGCCUCUCUGUCCCUUCCUCCUCUUCCUCUUCCUCUUCCUCUUCCUCCACUUCUAAACCUGAACCACUCAAAUCCACUUUCGUACCCCUCUUCAAAACCAUCGCCGCCUCCUCUGCCGCUGCCCUCCUCCUCCAUGUUCGCUCUCUAUCCCUUGAUUUUGGCUCCGGGGGCGGUUCUGGUGGCGGUGGAUUCGGUGGAGGCGGAGGCGGAGACGGUCACGGUGGCGAUGGCGGAAGUUUCUGGAGAAAAUUGUUUGCCCCCGCCGUUGCCAAUGCCGACGAGCCUCAGAGCCAGGAGUGGGACUCCCAUGGCCUACCUGCUAACAUCGUUGUCCAGCUCAACAAGCUCAGCAGCUUUAAGAAGUACAAGGUCUCCGAGAUCCUCUUCUUUGAUCGGAGACGCUGGACCACCGUCGGCACUGAAGACUCCUUCUUCGAGAUGGUCUCCUUGAGGCCAGGCGGCAUAUACAACAAGGCUCAGCUCCAAAAAGAGCUCGAGACCCUGGCGACUUGCGGGAUGUUCGAGAAGGUCGACAUGGAGGGGAAGACUAAUCCCGAUGGCACCAUUGCUGUUACUAUAUCGUUCACGGAGAGCACGUGGCAGUCCGCAGAUAGGUUCAGGUGUAUCAAUGUCGGGUUAAUGCCGCAGUCGAAACCGAUAGAGAUGGACGCUGAUAUGACUGAUAAGGAAAAGAUGGAGUACUACAGGAGCCUGGAGAAGGACUACAAGAGAAGGAUCGAGAGGGCGAAGCCGUGCCUGUUGGCAAGUCCGGUGCACAGAGAGAUUCUGCAAAUGCUCAGGGACCAGGGGAAGGUGAGCGCGAGGCUUUUGCAGAGGAUUCGGGACCGAGUCCAGAAGUGGUACUUCGACGAAGGGUAUGCUUGCGCGCAAGUGGUGAAUUUCGGGAAUCUGAAUACCAAGGAGGUGGUUUGUGAGGUGGUGGAAGGCGAUAUUACCGAGACGAAUAUCCAAUUCCUCGAUAAGCUUGGCAAUGUCGUUGAGGGGAACACACAGGUUGCCGUGGUGAUAAGGGAAAUGCCCAAACAGCUUCGACCAGGCAAUGUUUUUAACAUAGAGGCAGGGAAGCAGGCUCUGAGGAACAUAAACGCCCUCGGUUUGUUUUCCAACAUUGAGGUGAACCCCCGACCUGAUGAGAAAAGGGAGGGAGGGAUUAUUGUUGAAAUAAAGCUUAAGGAACUAGAUCAGAAGACGGCUGAAGUUUCUACAGAAUGGAGUAUUGUUCCCGGACGUGGGGGACGCCCCACUUUGGCCUCACUGCAGCCUGGUGGGACUGUUACUUUUGAACACCGGAAUAUCAAUGGGUUAAAUAGAUCCAUUAAUGGUUCUGUGACCACCAGCAAUUUCUUGAAUCCUCAAGAUGAUCUUGCCUUCAAACUUGAGUAUGUGCAUCCGUAUUUGGAUGGCGUGUUUGAUCCACUCAACCGUACUUUGCGAGUGAGUUGCUUCAAUAGCAGGAAACUGAGUCCAGUCUUCACUGGUGGGCCAGGGGUGGAUGAAGUCCCCCCUAUAUGGGUUGAUCGAGCGGGUGUUAAGGCAAAUAUUACAGAGAAUUUCACCCGUCAGAGCAAAUUUACUUAUGGACUUGUAAUGGAAGAGAUAACAACGCGUAAUGAAAGCAGUACUAUCUGUCCAAAUGGUCAAAGAGUGUUGCCAAAUGGAGGAAUUAGUGCAGAUGGACCUCCAACAACCCUCAGCGGUACUGGCAUUGAUCAAAUGGCAUUUUUACAGGCAAAUAUUACACGUGAUAACACCAAGUUCUUAAAUGGAGCUAUAGUUGGUUCAAGGAAUGUAUUUCAGGUGGACCAAGGCCUUGGCAUUGGCAGCAAGUUUCCGUUCUUUAACCGCCACCAGCUUACAUUGACCCGAUUUUUCCAGCUGAGGGAAGUGGAGGAAGGUGCUGGCCAACCACCACCACCUGUGCUUGUUCUUCAUGGCCACUAUGGUGGCUGUGUGGGGGACCUUCCAAGUUAUGAUGCUUUUACCCUUGGAGGUCCCUAUUCGGUGAGGGGUUACAACAUGGGUGAGAUAGGCGCAGCCAGAAACAUCCUUGAGCUGGCGGCUGAGAUACGCAUUCCUGUAAAAGGUACGCACGUGUAUGCAUUCGCAGAACAUGGGAAUGAUCUAGGAACUUCAAAGGAUGUCAAGGGGAACCCAACAGAGGUCUACAGAAGACUGGGUCAUGGUUCUUCAUAUGGUGUUGGUGCCAAGCUAGGUCUAGUUAGAGCUGAGUAUGCUGUUGAUCAUAACUCCGGUACUGGUGCAUUCUUCUUCCGUUUUGGAGAGAGGUUCUGAGAUGUGUAAUUGGAUUUAUAUAGAUUUUUUUUUUAAUAACGUUCUAGUCAUUAGCUUUUGGGAUAAACUAUUGGAGUUGUUUGUUAUCUCGGAAAGGCAUUUUAAGAUGCUUGAAACUAAAUACAUGAUUCACUUAGAGUGGAAAA